AUGGCCUUCAGUAAUGAAACCCUGCUGGAGGAGUGUGACUUCAUGGAGCCGGAUAAAGCAGAGGAGGCAGCAGAAAAUCUCCCGUCAGAUGCGACUCCCGUCAUAUCAGUCACUCUGCGUGUGACCCUGGCAGCCAUAAUGAUCUUUAUGAUUACUAUUGGUUUCCUCGGCAACGCGAUCGUGUGUCUGAUUGUUUACCAGAAACCUGCCAUGCGUUCUGCUAUCAAUCUCCUCCUCGCCACGUUGGCCUUUUCGGACAUAAUGCUCUCUCUGCUCUGCAUGCCCUUCACUGCAGUCACUGUGGCCACUGCUGACUGGAGCUUUGGGAGCGGCUUCUGUCGAGCGUCCAUCAUGCUGUACUGGCUGUUCGUCCUGGAGGGGGUGUCCAUACUCCUCAUAAUCAGCGUGGACCGUUUCCUCAUCAUUGUGCAGCGGCAGGACAAGUUGACCCCACACAGAGCUAAACUGUUGAUUGCAGGCUCGUGGGUGCUGAGCCUGUGCGUGUCUCUGCCGUCUGUAGUCGGGUGGAGGACAGGUGCGGCAGGUAUUGGGGGCGCCUGGGCGCCGCAGUGUGUGCUGGGAUACAGUGAUUCUCUGGCGGACCGUGGAUACACAGUGCUGUUGGCAGUAGCUGUAUUCUUUGUGCCAUUUGCUGUCAUGCUCUACUCCUACAUGUGCAUCCUCAACACAGUGCGCCGCAACACCCUGCGCAUCCACAACCACACCAGUGAGCAUUCCUGCCUGCCAGCCCUCAACCAAGUCAGCAAAAUGAGACUCACCGGGCUGCAGCGGCCCCCUCAGAUCAAGGUGGACAUGAGCUUCAAGACCCGAGCCUUCACCACCAUCCUCAUCCUCUUUGUCGGCUUCUCCGUGUGCUGGUUGCCGCACACGGUGGUCAGCUUGCUGGCCGUGUUCAGCCGGCAGUUCUACUACAGCUCCGUCUUCUACCCUGUCAGCAUAGGCGCUCUGUGGCUCAGCUACCUGAAGACGGUAUUCAACCCGGUCAUCUACUGCUGGAGGAUCAGAAAGUUCAGGGAGGCCUGUCAGGAGUUCAUUCCCAAGAGCUGCAGACUGUGUCCCAGAGUGCCGGGCAGGAGCCGCAGGAGAGUGAGGCCCAGCAACAUCUAUGUGUGCAGCGAGACUCAGUCAGCGGUGUGA